CAAAUGCUGUCUGACAUGUUUCAUACCGAUUGUUAGGCUGUUCUUGGCACACUAAUUUUAACUAUGGAUAACUCCCUUUACCUGGUCAGGAUAUAGGGGUCACGGCAGGUGUGACCGGUCGACAGGGGAUGCUUACUCCUCCUAGGCACCUGAUCCCACCUCUGGUAUAUCCAGGGGUCCGUGUUUGUCUGAUCCCACCUCUGGUAUAUCCAGGGAUCCGUGUUUGCUUAACUCUCUGUUUUCUAUUGCUUAUAAAUAGGAGUUAUGAGAUUGAUCGAUAUCGUUAUCGUCACCUCCCUUAAAAAGAUCAAUUAAUUUGUAAUAGGCCAUCAUUAUCCUAUAGCAAGGUAUGACCCAUCUUUGCAAGCCAAGUGUCUGAUAAACUUAUUCAUAUAUUGUAUUGUAUACAUCUGUAUAUCGUAUUGUGUAGUUCUAUUUAAUUGUAUACAAUACUCAAUUAAGCUGUCUUGAAUAUAUAACAUUUGUAUAUGGUAUGCAUGUGUACAUAUUGUGGUAUCAUGUAUUUAUUUUUGUGUAUACUAUAAAUAAGCUGUCUUAAACACUUAGGGUACAAGACUGCCAGUCUGAUAGACUUGGCUCAGGCACCGUCCCUUGGUACCCUCUGUGUUUGUGACAACAUUUUAUAAUAUUGUUUUACUUUACUUCCCAUAUAGCACACUUAUUGUACAGUACAUUUCCAAUCAGUAUUGUGAUGAGAAUUCAAUACCUAUGUCAAUGUAGAAACCCUUAACGUGUAUAUGGUACACGUGUAAAUUGUAUCAUGUAGUUAUAAUGUUUAAUUGUUAAUUUGUAUAUGCCCCCUGAGGGCCCUUGAUUGGUGAAUAAAUAAAUAAAUAUUCCAUUAAUGAGAGUAAGCGAAUGGAACGUGAAGAUGGGUAUAACCCCCAAAACUCAACAACCUAUACAUGGACCUUAGUAUUUAUCAUUCCUUCCAGCACAGCAUUAUGUCGGCACCCAUUCAAGAAGAACUGAGGGAUCUUGUCAGUAAUGAGAGGGACAAGGAGUAUGUGAGAAUUGUUCAGAGGAUUACCUGCAGUGAGCAGUAUUGUGGCAGAAUAUCUCAACAAGAUAUAAUUAGAGCCAUUCAAUAUCUUAACAAUCUCCCAGGAGGCAUUGAAAGACACAGGGAAGGAGCAAAACUAUUUGGGGCUGUUCAGCAUCUUCUGCUGAUGAGAGACAAAGGUCGUCUGAAUGUGAAUGGCAUGCCUGUUGAAUAUUCAAUGGAGGAGCUUCAACAAAUCUUGGUGGAGGGAAUUGGAUAUCCAGUGGAGGAUGUGAGAAGAAUAGUAGAAGAGUGUGUUGAAAAGAGAGGUUUUCAUCCUUCACCAGAAGAAUUUGAAGAAGUGCACAGUACCAUGAAAGGUAAUAUAGUGAAACUGGAAAAUGAAAUUAGUGCCAAAGAUACACAGCUUCAAGAGAAUGCUGAAGAAAUACGACGAAAAGAUAUCCAGCUCGACGAAAAAAACCAGAUUAUUCAGGAUAAGGACAGAAUGUUAGGGGAACAAGAGAGAGAGAAAACUAGGUUGUUAGAGGAACAAGAGAGAGAGAUAAUUAGGUUGUUAGAGAAAAAGGGGAGAGAGAAAAAUAGGUUGUUAGAUGAAAAAGAGAGAGAGAAAAAUAGGUUGUUAGAUGAAAGGGAUAGAGAGAAAAAUAGGUUGUUAGAGGAAAAGGAGAGAGAAAAAUAGGUUGUUAGAGGAAAAGGAGAGAGAGAAAAAUAGGUUGUUAGAGGAAAAAAAGAGAGAGAAAAUAGAAUGUUAGAGGAAAAAGAGAGAGAGAAAAAUAGGUUGUUAGAGGAAAAAGAGAGAGAAAAAUAGGUUGUUAGAGAAAAAGGAGAGAGACAUGAGAUUUGAAAUGUUUAAAAUAAUGCUUGCAUUUGUAUUUGUACAUUGUAUUGUAUUGUUCAGUCUAUUAAGAAUCGGGUUGUUAUAAAUUUAUAGCAUUAUACUACAAGAGAAUUCAAAUUGUAAUACCAGGGCCAUGAGAGCACCAGGGAACAAAACGUAUCAAACCUUUUCUAGGUAUACUGUAGUUACAGGGGUACUAUAAACUGUAGAUUCCGUCAUUUACACGAGUAGUAGAUGUCAAAUUGCAAGAACCUGAAUUUGCAAAUGGACAACAAGAGUUUUUGCAUUUAUUUCAGCAAUAUGAAAAUAAAUCCGAGUAAUUUUAUUUUGCAAAUGGUGCUUCUUGCUAAAUUACUCGUGCAUAUAAAAAUUUUUACAUUAGCCUUUUCAUCAAUGAAUCUCCAUCUGUGUGAGGACUUCUAAAGCAGAAGUUAAAAAACAGAAAAAUGACAGGAAAAUGUCAAAAUGAAUAGAGAGAGAAAAAAACCGCUUUAAUAUCUGUAAAACUUUCUAGCAGUCAAUGUACUAGCUUGUAGGUUGCAAUACAAUUCAUGUUACAUUCCUGUAUAUAUAAUCAUUCCAUAUUUAAUAUGUAUAAUCAUACACAAAAUGAAUUUAUAAUGCAUCUGUAUUCAUACUACUAACAAAGUAUUAAAAUCAUUAUUGUUUUACUUUUUUUAACUGACAAAGAAUAUUAUUUCUGUUUAUGUUGAGUAAAUGUUUCCUCAGCUUUAUGAAUAACAGAUGAUCUUCAUUUGAUCAUCAACAACAUUUUUUCUUUAUUUGACAGAAUAAAAAUAUCUGGUUUAUUUUUAGCAAUGUAUGGUGCGCCAAAUUCACAAAAAUGAGCUAAACAUAGUUUCACAGUUGAUAAACUAGGUUUAUCGACUAUUUUUGUGAAUUUGGCCUGCCAUAGUAAUGUUCUGAACAAAACUGCCUCUCUCUUUUUGUAAAAAAAAAAAAAAAAGGAUAUAUUUAAUCUGUAAAUGAACCUCAUCUCCUAUAUGUGCAAUAUAUUCCACAGGUGAUACCAUAAAUAUAGCUUAUAUAGCCCCUGUGUGCAAUUCUUGUCACACAUUCUACAGAUUCUUCUAUUUCCUGUAUACAUGUGAUGGUGUUAUUAUUUAGAAGUGAUUGGAGGUCUCUGUAUGCCUGGGAAUGGAUGAUCGAGUUUCUAUGCAAAUUUUUAUCUUCAAUUGUAUUUUCUGUUUAUAAUAAUACCACUAACUUAAUACAACAUUAAGUAUUAUGCCCUUUUCGCAUAUUACUUUUACUGUUAUGUAUACAGGUCAGAUUGUACAUGUGCACAAGGUCAAUCUUCCCUCAUCAAAAAUGUUAUAUACUGAAUUAGGUACAUUAUCAGUGGAAUUAUUCUUUGUCCAAUGUUAAAUGUAUAUACUCAUGUGUGCCAUAAAUUGUUAUUUUUGUUGUUGCUGUUGUUGGUUUUUUGUUAAUAUUUUUAAAGAAUAUGGUAUACUUCUAUGUAACCAUUUUUUUCCCGGUGGUAAUGCAUUUGCAUGUGAUAUUAUGGAAGAUUGAAUACUUGAACCUUUAUACCAAAGACGAAAAUCAUGUACCCCGGUAUUUUUAUGCCCUGUAAUCAUGGAUUCUGGGGCAUAUAGUUUUUUCUUAUCUUUUGAUCGCUUAUAUCUUGUAUUAAUUAUGUUAAGAAUACUAAUUGCUUUGGAAGUUCCUUUGUAAGUCAUUUGGGUGACAUGGGUUGUGAGAGAAAAUUGUGCAUGGCCUAAACCUCAAGAAUUUUUAGAAAUGAUCAUGGAUGAGAGUAGAGAUGAAAAUGAUAUAAACGAUGACAGUGAAUAAAUAUAACUUAAUGCUAACAUUCUUCAAGCACUGGAUUUUCAACACUGUAUUAGAGACCUUCUAGGCCUACCGGUAAUAAUAAAGCCAGUAGAAAACCAAUCUCUAAAGCUUACAAAAAGUGGGAAACGAUUACAUAAAUCAAUGGGUUAGACAGGGAAUCCACAUGAUUGAGUGCAGCUGUUAUGACGUUAUAAUGCAUUGAAUAAAAAAAAAUUAAAAUGAACUCUUGUUUAGUAAACCUUGAUUAAUGAAGUUCCAUACAUAACUCAAUUUCUUCAGGAUAUCGUUUCAAAUUACUUUUAAGUUUUAAAACUGUGUGUAUUUUAUCAUUUUUUUUUUUCAUACUGUUGUUCA